AUGGCGGAACAAAAACCUAAAGAGUUGCGCAAGGAUAAUCAUAAAAUAGAGAUGAUAAAGAUCGAGCAACCUGCUACUAGUUUAUCAUCUUGUGCAUGUAAAUUGGAGGAUGGCUGCCCUGAAUUUAGUAAUGUUCUUUUCAAGACUGAACCAACUAUAAAUGAAGAUAUGAAGGAAAUGGGUUAUAUGAAUUCCUGUAGGUCAGUCAUAAAAACUGAACCUGUAGACUGUAAAGAAUUUCAAUGUGAUCUUUGUCAAGAGUCAGUCGAUCAACCUAACUCAUCUCUUUCUAAUGUACAAUCUGUCCCUGAUCCUCUGAAGACCAACCCUCAUAGCAAUGUGGUUAUCUCUCAUCCUAUUGAAAAUACUAAUCUUUCUGGGUCUGGACUCAACUUAAAGAAGCGUAUGUCAACUCACACCGGAGAGAAAUCUGACACUGACAGUUUGCGUGAAUAUAGGGCUAACAAAUCAAGCCAAUUAAACAAAGAUAUGUUGACUCAUACGGGAGAGAAACUUUAUAAAUGCGAUAUUUGUACCUACUCUGCAAGACAAAAUGCCCAUCUUACUGCUCACAAACGAACUCACACUGGAGAGAAACCUUAUCCCUGCAGUUUGUGUGACUACAGGGCUAAAACAUCAGGUGUUUUGAAGAGACAUAUGUUUACACACACUGGAGAGAAACCUCACAAGUGUGAUAUUUGUAACUACUCGGCUGUAUGUAAAAGUUCUCUGUUGAUUCACAAACGAACACAUACUGGAGAGAAACCUCAAAAGUGUGAUAUUUGUAACUACUCUGCUGCAACUAAAAGUACUCUGAUGAGUCACAAACGAACUCACACUGAAAUGGCGGAAAAAGAACCUGAAGAGUUGAACAGGGACAAUCCUAAAACAGAGAUGAAAGAGAUCGAACAACCUGCUGCUAGCUCAUCAUUUUGUGCAUGUAAAUUGGAGGAUGGCUGCCCUGAAUUUAGUAAUGAGCCCUUCAAGACUGAACCUUCUACAGAUGAAGAUAUAAAGGAAGUGGAAAUGGCGGAACAAAAACCUAAAGAGUUGCGCAAGGAUAAUCAUAAAACAGAGAUGAUAAAGAUCGAGCAAGCUGCUGCUAGCUCAUCAUCUUGUGCAUCUUUUGUGACUACAGGGCUAAAACAUCAGACGUUUUGA